CAGCUCGGUACAAAUAUCGCUGAACAGAAUAGCACCAAAGAAAACGGUCAAUCAUUUCAUCGGUGGAUUUCUUGGGGGUAUUCUUGUUUAUGGGGGCAUUCUGAAUAUGCAUUUCAAAAAGCUUGUGAAUGAAGCAAUAGCAACACAGAUCACGAUGUACUGUUUGUCGCGUGUCGUUCUGGCACUGGGAAAAUGGCUCUCUGUGAAACUUCAGCGUAGGACAGGGCUCCAGCGCGGCCAGAUCGAGAAAGUCGGAUGGAGAACGACGAGCGGCUUGGUUUGGGGACUGCUCAUGGUGUUCUACAAUGUCGAUAAAGACCUUUAUCUUCAGCGGGCAUUGAGGCACAGUUUGGAUUUUCAGUUUGGCGGUACUUGGUAUAGCUGGUUGGAAGCGUUCAACUAUGCGCGCUAGCAAGUCUGGUUAGUCUUCGCUGAUUUCGCCAUGGCAUGCCAGAUUUACAAGAUGAUAACGCAAAAAUACGCGAGAAAAAAGAAAAAAUUAAAAAAAUUAAAAAAAUAUACAAAAAAGUCUACAUCAAGCAAUGAUAAGCCAUGACCGGAAGAACUUGAUGAGGUCAACCACAGAUCGCCCUUUGAGGUUUGCGCUACUGGGGCCUCAUAACUCGUCUAAGUCGUCGAUUGUGUCAAUUAUCACAAACAACAAGUCUCUAGGCAAUUACUAUCCUACCAUUCAGAACUCCCCCACACUACUCCAGUUUCAGCCUGCAAACCCAAAAACGCGGACUCUCCUUGAUAUUAAUGCUACUGAAGUAGACUUUGAGGAGAUGGGGAUCAUAGGAGGCAGCGAUAUUAGCCUCACAGAACCUAUUCUUAAUGCCGUCAAGAAAGCACAGUCAAGAAACACGUCUACCGAGUACGUUCUCAGCAAGACUCUCAACUACUAUGACCUCGACUACACACAACUGGACGAUAAGCUAUCUCCGAUUUCGUCAUACUCAUCGCCGUUAAACUUCAGCAGCUAUUCGAGUCCAUUUAGUUCGCCUUUUGAACAGCCUUUCGAAAAGCAAUUUUUUCGGUCGAAUUCCAAUAGCCAGAGUGCGUACACCCCGCCAUACACCACUCCCAUUCUACUCGAACUGAUCGACACGCCUGGAGUGGAAGCAGAGGAACUGAUACCUUUUCUGGAACGGUCUUUGGACUCGAGACUGGCCAAGGAUGUUCUGAGGAACCUGGCUGAGGAUAACGAUGGCGGCCUCGGACGUGCCAGAGUGAAGCCGUUGAUAGUUGGGUCUGGAAUAAGUGACUUAAAUGGCUCCAUCGACGGAUACAUUCUCUGCUAUAGCUGCAUACCAGAAACCACGCUGGACUCACCACCUCCGUCGUACUGCGUGACCGACGAUCCACAAGACAACCAGCCUCUCAAGCCGUUGGAAGUGGUCAAGGCGAUAAAGUCGACUUUGGAGGAGGCAUGGACUGAGUUUUUGAGAUACCACCAUAACUGGGAGGUUGGCAAGGAGUACGACGUUUUCUCCAUCAACCGUUCCCUCAAAACUUUGUGGAAUAAAUCCAAAAUAGCGCAGACGGACCCCAACGCAACAUAUCUUCCCCCCAUCGUAAUGGUCGCGACUCAUUGUGCACAUGAGCUAGCGUCGCCGGUUUUGAUCGAGGAAGGCAAGAAACUUGCCAAACAGUGGAGCUUCCCGUUCAUCGAGAUUGACUGUUCGUUCGAGAACUGGACGAACGUGGAAGAGUGCGUGGGUCUGAUGAUCAGAGAGAGUAUCGAGUCGCAGAAAGCAGCAGGCCAGGCGGGUGCGCUGAAAAAGAGCAAAGUCCCGGCAGCCGUAAAGCCUAAGGUGCAUAUAGCAUAGCACGCCCCAGCUAUCUUAUCGAUCUGCUUAUAUAAUAAAGCGAAAUCUUGCUAAGAUUUCCAAGUGGUCAAGGUGUAUCCAUCAAGAUAAU